CGUCAGACGCUGUCCCGGAAGUUGGCGCGGGCCGGGCGGCGGGUGGAAGCCGGUGCCGGAGCGCGAAUUGCAGCGCCGUCGCCUUCACUGCCUGGGCCGGGGUCGCCGGCCUGCUCGCCCGUCCGCGAUGGGGACCGGGCCCUGAGCGCCCCGCCCGGCCUCCCUUUCCACAGCGAACCCGCCCGGCCACGAUGGAGGCGCCUUCAGCGGGCCCCCUUCCCGCCGAGGGCGGCCCGCCGGUGGCCGUGGCCGAGGUGCGCUGCCCGGGCCCCGGGCCGCUGCGCCUGCUCGAGUGGAAGGUGGCGGCGGGCGCGGCCGUGCGUAUCGGCUCCGUGCUGGCCGUUUGUGAGGCCGCCGCUUCCGCGCCGCCCGCCGGUCCCGCCCCUGCCCGCGCUGGCUCCGGGGGCUGUGUGCGAGCCGAGCGAAGGCUGAGGUCCGAGCGCGCCGGCGUGGUGCGGGAGCUGUGCGCGCAGCCGGGCCAGGUGGUGGCCCCUGGGACCGUCCUGGUGCGGUUGGAAGGCUGUAGCCACCCGGUUGUCAUGAAAGGCUUGUGUGCCGAGUGUGGCCAAGACCUGACCCAGUUGCAGAGUAAGAACGGGCAGCAGCAGGUGCCUCUGUCCACGGCCACAGUGUCCAUGGUGCACAGCGUCCCAGAGCUGAUGGUGAGCUCCGAGCAAGCCAAGGAGCUGGGAAGGCAAGACCAGCAGCGGCUACAUCGAAACAGAAAGCUGGUGCUCAUGGUCGACUUGGACCAGACGCUGAUCCACACGACAGAACAGCAUUGCCAGCAGAUGUCAAACAAAGGUAUCUUUCACUUCCAGCUGGGCCGCGGCGAGCCGAUGCUGCACACGCGUGUUCGUCCGCACUGCAGGGAGUUUCUGGAGAAGAUCGCCAGGCUGUACGAGCUACACGUCUUCACGUUUGGGAGCCGGCUGUACGCUCACACCAUCGCAGGCUUUUUAGACCCUGAGAAGAAGCUUUUUUCUCAUCGAAUAUUAUCGAGGGAUGAAUGUAUUGACCCAUUUUCUAAAACAGGAAACCUUAGAAAUCUCUUUCCCUGUGGAGACUCAAUGGUGUGCAUUAUUGAUGACCGGGAAGAUGUCUGGAAGUUUGCCCCCAACCUCAUAACCGUGAAGAAAUAUGUCUACUUCCAGGGCACAGGGGACAUCAAUGCUCCCUCUGGGUCACGGGAGUCCCAGGCGAGGAGGAGAGUGACUCAGUCUUCUAAAGCUGCCGACGUCGCGGAACACGCUCCGUCCGUCAGGGAGACCGAGGAGGGACGGCAAAUCCCUGGGGUCGAGCAAAGUAACGGCCUUGGGAAGCCCACGAGGGAGCUCAACGGGGGUGUCUCCCCACGGGGGGGCUGGCCCCUGCCUGGGCAGGAGGAGGACAGAGGCGCCCGGCCCGCCACCCAUGGCCCCUUGGCUGAUGGCAGGGGACCCCCAGCAUGUGCUCAGCCGCAUGGUCGGACAUCGCUGGAAAAGCGGCCCGCUCAGGGCACGGCAGGUGGUGACCUGGACUUUGACCUUUCCAGUGACAGCGAGUCGGACGCCCAGUCGUCCUCUGAAGGCGAAAGUGGGGAGAGGAAGGGCCUGGAAAGGCCUCAGGGCUCACGAGAUGCAGGGAAAGUGGCGCAGCGGGGAGGCCCUCUUGGUCCGGGAGGGGAGAGGCCUGCAGGAGCCAGUCCGUGUGGAGAGUCUGCCCCGGGCGAGCCUCUGGAUGCGCAGGACGAGGACGAGCGGGACGGCCUCUGCGGGCUGGGCGGGGGCUCUGCGGACAGGAAGGAGGCCGAGACCGAAUCGCAGAACAGCGAGCAGUCGGGCAUCACGGCAGGCGAGUCCCUGGACCAGAGUGUGGAGGAGGAGGAAGAGGAGGAGGACACGGAUGAGGACGACCACCUGGUCUACCUGGAGGAGAUCCUCGCUCGGGUGCACUCUGAUUACUACGCCAAGUACGACCGCUACCUCCGCGGGGACAGCCAGGAACCCCCCGACAUACGCAAGAUCGUCCCUGAGCUCAAGAGCAGGGUGCUGGCAGACGUGGCCAUAAUAUUUAGCGGGCUGCACCCCACAAACUUCCCCAUCGAGAAGACGCGGGAGCAUUACCACGCCACAGCCCUUGGAGCCAAGAUCCUCACUCAGCUGGUGCUUGACCCCGACGACCCUGACAGGGCCACCCACCUGAUCGCUGCGAGGGCAGGCACAGAGAAGGUGCGCCAGGCCCAGGAAUGCGGGCAACUGCACGUGGUCAACCCCGACUGGCUGUGGAGCUGCCUGGAGCGCUGGGACAGAGUGGAGGAGCAGCUGUUCCCGCUCAGGGCCGACUACGGCCGGGCCCAGAGGGAGGACGGCCCCGCAGCCUUUCCCGACAGGCAGGGUGCACUUCCGACCGCCUUGUUCCACCCGACGCCCGUCCACCCCAGGGCCCAGUCUGGGCCGGAAGUUCGCAUCUACGAUGCCAACACGGGCAAGCUCAUCCGGAAAGGUGCUGUGGGCCCCGGGCCCCCCAGCUCCCUGGCGGUCCACACGGAACACUCCUCCUUCAGAGUGGUUCAGCCGCCACCACAGAUGCUCGCUCAGGAGCUGCCGGACACCCGACGCGGAGAGCGGCCCGGCCCCGGCGGGAGGAAGCGACAGCCCAGCAUGUCAGAGACCAUGCCGCUGUACACGCUGUGUAAGGAGGACUUAGAGAGUAUGGACAAAGAGGUGGAUGACAUCCUAGGAGAGGGCAGUGAUGACAGCGACAGCGAGAAGAGGAGGCCGGAGGAGGAGGGGCCGCAGGAGCGGCCACUGCCCCGGGAGCCCCGGGCCACGCUCGAGGCCACAGCAUCCAGCGAGAGGAGCACGGCAGACAGCCGGGGGCCCAGGAAGGGUGAGACCAGCCUUAGCACACCGCACUGCCACCUGGGCACUGACCGUCUUUCCCUGGUCUUGAGCCACGCACUGGGCUCCGUGGGAACGCCCCGCACGACCACCCGAGUGGGGCUCAUCUGUGUUCUCUCGCUCCCUCUGUUAAUUCCCUGCAAGACGACCCUGUUGCGGGAGAGCCCUUGAUCUGUAGGACGGGUGCACCGUGUCUCUGACGUACCCGGCACCUGCGUGGGGUCGUGUGUGGUCCAGCCCCGCAGGAAUGUGGCUGUGCGGUCUCCUCGGCCACCGAUGGGAGCGACAACACCCACCUCACGGAUUUGGUGGAAAAGAGGGCUCGUGUCACCCCAUGCCAGCACUCCGCGUCAUCGGGAGGUGUCUGAGCACGAGGACGUUGCCGCAGUGAGCCUGUCCAGGUGUGGGCCGCUUCUGUCCCAGGCGCUCCCCAGGUGCAGGUCAGACGUUUCCACAAAAGAUGUUAUCACACAGUAUCGUUGUUGUAAGGUGGCUGUUCUGACGGCUAACUCCUGUCCUGCCCUGGUGCUGCUCUUGGGGGUGGGGGGGUCCCUCCUCUCCCCUCAGGCCCUGCCUGCAGGUGCUCCCCGCCUCUGCCUGGGGAGCCGAGCUUCUCCACGGUUCCCGGUCCCCCCUCCACAGAGGGUCCGGCUGUUUCCUGAGCCUGGGGGCCUUCGUCCCCGCGGGCAGCAGCUGUCUCCGCUCUGUUUUUGCUUUUUGUGUCAAGCUGUCAAAGGGACAAAAGGGAGCUUGGAUGCGGGCCCGGCUCUGGGCCAAGAGCAGACCAUUUGCAUCAGGAGGCACGGGAGAUGGCUCGCGCUCGUUGCUUGGGAAACCUUGCGGCGCGGGCCACAGAGCUGCUCUGACAGUGCUCACGGUUAGGUUGGGUGACGCGUCAUCGUGCCGGGGGAGCUGCCGCUGGUGAGCGCACCCUGGUGGGACACAGACUUCACCCCCCCCCCCCCCCACCCCUCACACUGCAGGCCUGGGGCCCAGCUGGGUGCCCGGGGGAUGGGGCACAGCCAGCACCGUUCACCAGCAGCCGGGACGGGUGUUCCUAUGCUGUAGGUCUGGGGGCCUGGGGAGCGCGGGCCGCACACGCAUCGUGACCGCCCGGUGCCUCCCUGUGAGGCCUCGGGGCCCACCCACUCUUUUCCCCGGGCAGGGCUCAUGGACGUUAUUUCUGUCGGUGGUGUUCACAUACAGUAGUAUGGACAGUGCACACCCCUUUUUAUGGGAAUUAGAUGGCCACCUGACAUUUUUACGGGCGGCGGUCUGUUUCAUCUACGCCUACGUGUCAUUUCUAAACACGUCUCUGUUUUUGUCACCACUCAGCAAAAGGACAGUCAUCCCAGAGGCUUCAGAGUAAUUGUGCUUAAAAUAGCUUUUGUUUCAGGACAUCUUACAAAUCCAAAAUCAACCCUUUGCUGAGCUACCUGUCUCCUCAGGCUCAUGUCUGCCCUGGUUUGGGCCCAACCGGAGCUUCUGGACCUACAGAUGGGCGCCCGGCGCCGGCCACACAGCCCACGUGCUGCAGCCACGGACGCCGUCCCUGCUCCUCGGGGCUCCGGCCUCUCGUGUUCACUUUUGCAGCCUGAGCAGGCCCACCGAUCACCUCAGUUACAGUCCCUGGUGUCUUUCUCAGGGCUUCUGUCCAUUUUGAGUUUAUUGGGUCAGUCGUGUUCUGAUUUGGGAGCGUUUCUCUCCAUUAGGUUACUUCCUGUGUUACCAGUUCGAAAGCGGGUUGUUUCGUAGGUCUUAGGUCACACGUGGCCUCGUCUCGCAGAUCUUUUCUGACCUCGUGUGUGUGGCUCUGCUUGUGGUCUCUUCCGCCCAAACGAAGACUUUCUCGUCUCUACAUCGUUUGGGGGGUUUCUUGUCUUCCUUCAAACUGCAGGUUUCCCUGAACAUGGGCGUGUAUAUCCAUACGUAUUUCUGUGUACGUUUCUUCAAAUUUCCUUUUGCCUAAACGGUGCUGCCACAGGUGUCCAGAUGCAGGGUUCAUCUCAACCCUGCCUCAGAAAUGAACUCAGAGGCCGACUCACAACAGAUUGCGAAGAAAACCUAAGUAUUUGUGACCUCAGGUUACGUGGUCAGUUUUGUACUGAUAGUCCUAAGACUUCUCACCAUUCGGAGUGUGAGAAGCACAAAUCUGUGCGGCACACGCCUGAGAAAUAGUUGCCGUCCGCGCUACGUAAAGAGCUCUCAGGACCGAACGCUCCGACACACCAGCUCGUAAAACGGGGCAGGAGGUGGUCCACACCAUUCGCCCCCAGAGAGAGCUGGGGGGCGUGAGCCGCUGCACGUGGGGCCCCCAAACAGCCCCUUCUUCUGUGCGAAUGGGAGCCGGGCAUGAGGUCCGCGGGCGGGACCCGCUCAGCAGCGUGGCCGCGGGCCCACCACGCGCCCAGCAUCGCACCCGGGAAGGGCACCUUGUGGCUCCUGUGCCCGAGUGCAUCCUGGUGCUGCCGGGCGUCCCACGCUCCGCCAACACCGUAACGGCCGGAGCGGAAAACAGCAGCCACGCACGCGCGUCCCAAGAACUGCAGCGGGCCAAGAGCCUUGAGGCCACGCCGCCCUCCAGGGGGCCAAGGGCAAAGGAGGCCUACGGCCUAGUGUUUGGGGUGAUUUCCCUGAAGCAUCCCUGUGCUCAGAAACCCUUUAUACCGGUUUUGCUUGUAUGUUUGCCAGAGGUCUCCUAAGGGAGCAACGCUAGGUCUUAAUGGUCAGAUGCUGAUAAGAGAAACCCGCUUUGCACUUCAGUGUUGAGCCCAGCUUGUUUUCUGUAACAGCGUAAACGUUUGUUUCCUUAGAAAAUAUUCAGCCGAUGGGAAAAUAAUGGUCGUUUAAACUUUGGACUGAGCGGGUGGCACAAAGUGCUCUGGUGGGUCGGGCGAGGGCACUGCCGCCCUGGCGGUCACGCACGCGGUAGAGCCUGGGGCGCGAGGGACAGUCCAGGGGCUGCUCUUUCUGGGUGUCCUUGCCGGCCUCCCGGCAGGCUCCCGGCGCCUUGUCUGCCGCAGGCACAUCCUCUUCUUAGGUGGGACGGUGACCGAUCAGCAACGUGUCUUUUGUUCCAUCUGGUUUUGCUGGCGGUAUUUCUCUUAAAUAAAUUGUACACCUUUCCUUCCACCAGCACCGUGGUCUCCAAUUUCCUGUACAUGUGUGGUUCUCUACGUUGUAUGUGUGCUGCAUGUGCCUCAGUAUAUACACGCCUGUGUGCGGCUGCCGUGUGUGUGUGUGUGUGUGUGUGUGCGCGCGCGCGCGCGCGCGCCAGCCAGAAAAUCUUCAGGGCCUGCCUGUGUCCCCACCAUCACAGCACAAGAGACAGGGGGGCUGACUCGUGAGGCCCAGGUGCCCCUGUGUGAGGGGAGACCCAGGGCGGGCAUGUGGUCAGGCCGCUUUUCCUCGGCUUGGGGACACCACUCGGGGCCAGCGGGCACCUCCUGGGGGAGUGCUGUGCCCGCCGCGGGCCCCGUGCUGCGGAAAUCUCACGGGCACAGUCUGGUCCGAGUCCGCCAACUCUGUCCCGAGGACGGAGGCAGCCGCCACCAUCGUGGCGUCAUCGGUCAUCAGGGUAAUUCCUCUUAAGCCGCCUGAAGAAAGUGGAGUUUUCGGGCCGGACCGGGUGACGGCCCCGUCUGGUCCCCUGGGAUGUGCCUUGGCUUUCGUGUCUGCAGAAUGGCAUUAGUAGUUCCCACAGCCGACCCAGCCUCUCCAGUCGUGCUUUGCACGUUUGUUCCCGUCUGGUUCUCCUUGGGGCCAAUCAGAGGUGACAGCGUCUGGAGCUCUGGGGAGAAGGCGGUUUGCGAGGGCUCCCCCGGGGGAGGGCAGGGGCCGGACACGGACAGCAGGGGCACGCCCUCCAGGCCUCCCACCGGUCCGCACUCCUCUCCCCACGAGCCGUACGGUUACGGGCGCUCCGUCACCUCCUCCGUGACUCCGUGACUAUCGCUGCCGGGCCACCUCUGGAUGCGGGGGCCUGGCGGCAUGGGAACAGACAGAGCGUGUCCCGGGCCUGCUGGCCCCGCGCGGUUUUGACCCCCGGCUCCAUCUCCUCCUCGCACUGAAACUGUGACAGCGCUUUUGCAUCGAUGGCCCCACGGGACAGCGCCGCGCUGCGUGGGUGCGUCCCGAGGUGCGUGGGUGCUGAUGCGCGUGUGUGUCCCGGUGCGCGUGUGCCUGCCCCCUGCGAGCGUGUCACGGCAUGCGCCUGU